AAGCACCCAUACAAAGAGAAAGCAGAGGCCCGGUACUCACCAGGACAGGUCAGUCUGUUAAACCCCAACACUGACUCCUGAAGAUAACCAUGGGUAGUUUCGCUUUUGAAUGCACCAAGGAUAUAAGAGAAAGGAGGUUGAAAAUGGAUUUGCAGACACAUUCUUGAUGGUAAAGACAGGGUUCUGUUUUUUUGGCUUACUACAAAAAUAUGUACUGUACAGCUGUCCACCAGAGAAGUGGCUUUGUGCAAAAUCAAGAACUUAACUAGUGUUUUAAAGCGUAUGGAUGCUUUGGUAUUUGUGUUUUUCUUUUUAAAGAAUAAUCUAGCUUCUAUCUAUAUAUACACAACAUACAAACUCUUUUUAUGCAUUGCUUCUUUUGUUAUUUCCAUUUUGAGCUUCAUUCUUUGCUUUAUGUGCAACAUAAAUCUGAGUGUGAAAUGUGUGCGUAAAUCUUUUGGUUUAUGAUCUUUUGAACCAUUGUUUUGUGCAGGGUAAAAUCAUAUUAUGAAUCCGUCGUUGUUGCUGUGCUGUUUGGUGCUAUGUUUAGCCUGCUGUGUAAAUGUACAUACACACAUGGUUAUGGAGAACCAACACAUUUCCAGUCAAACAACCAUCAGUGUAUAUCAAACAAAUCAUACAGAUACACCGCCUGUGCUUAUUGUUGGGCUGUCAACACCUAAGAAGAAUAAGAAAUUAGAAAAGAAACCAAAAAAGAACAAAUACAGCACCCGUGUAAAGAAACCUCCGCCGCCGGCGAACUGCGUCCAGCUGUGGGGAAGCUGCAAGGGUCCGAGCGCAGUCUGCUGCGAUCCCUGCGCCUUCUGCUACUGCCGACUCUUCAAAACCGUCUGCUACUGCCGCAUGGGUAACCCCAAAUGCUGAGAACUGCCACAUGGAGAAACACCCGGGCUUAUUUCAACAUCCCUUCCAUAAAGGCUUAUUUUGUAAAAGAAAAACUGGAUUAUAUCUGCACUACUUUUACAUAAUCGCUACAAUUCCGAUUAAUCGGAUGCUUCCGGCGGAAUAUUCCGAAGAUGACCGACUUAUUAGUUUAUGUGCUUUUACACAUUUUAAAUAAAUUUUAUCACAUUUCAGUGAAAGCUUUGUAUAUAAUUAUCUAGCUGUACGAGCGAUUAUGAGUGAAUAUUAAUGUUUAUAUGAGCUAUAAGCACUUUACAAGUAUGUGUAAAUAACGCAAGCUGCUACAAGACAUGUUGUAUAAAUUAAAAACAAAAUAAAGAAUUAAACAUAAA